GCACGACGCGUACAGUGAAACAUCCAACUCUAAGGGACGGACUUAUAAGUGACAUCCGUUUAGCUAAGGAAGAAAAAGGUGUCGUUUUACAGACGAGUACAUGAACGUGUGGAAAUUGAUACAAUUUCGUCCACGCUAUAAAGCAUUCGGCUACUGGAACAGGGAACAUGCAGUUUUCAUAGGAUGCUUCUCUCUCCAUCUGACUCAUGAAGAAGACUGGUUGUCCAAAACAGUCUGAUGGUAGUACUUGAAUGAGGUGUCAGCGGGUCCCGGUAAUGUGCCAUGGGCUACGACGUCACCAGGUUCCAGGGUGAAGUGGAUGAGGAUCUACUUUGCCCCAUUUGCAGUGGAGUGCUGGAGGAGCCCGUCCAGGCCCCACAUUGUGAGCAUGCCUUCUGCAAUGCCUGCAUCACACAGUGGUUUGCCCAGCAGCAGAUCUGCCCGGUGGAUCGCACCGUGGUGACUCUGGCCCACCUGCGGCCUGUGCCACGUAUCAUGCGCAACAUGCUGUCCAAGCUCCAGAUCUCGUGUGACAACGCCAGCUUCGGCUGUACGGCCACGCUGCGCCUUGACCAGCUGCACACGCACCUCAAGGACUGCGAGCACAACCCCAAGCGGCCCGUGACCUGCGAGGAGGGCUGUGGGCUGGAGAUGCCCAAAGACGAGCUGCCAAACCACAACUGCAUCAAGCACCUGCGGAGUGUGGUGCAGCAGCAGCAGACCAAGAUUGCAGACUUGGAGAAGACGGCAGCAGAGCACAAGCACCAGCUGGCUGAGCAGAAACGUGACAUCCAGCUACUUAAAGCCUACAUGCGGGCCAUCCGCAGUGCCAACCCGAACCUGCAGAAUCUGGAGGAGAGCAUAGAGUAUAACGAGAUCCUGGAAUGGGUGAACUCUUUGCAGCCUGCCCGCGUUACACGCUGGGGUGGCAUGAUCUCCACUCCCGAUGCCGUUCUCCAGGCGGUCAUCAAGCGCUCGCUCAUCGACAGCGGCUGCCCGCUAUCCAUUGUCAACGACCUGAUCGAGAACGCUCAUGAGCGCAACUGGCCGCAGGGCCUGGCCACGCUGGAGACGCGACAGAUGAACCGCCGCUACUACGAGAACUACGUAGCCAAGCGCAUCCCAGGCAAGCAGGCUGUGGUAGUGAUGGCAUGCGAGAACCAGCACAUGGGUGAGGAUAUGAUCCUGGAGCCUGGCUUGGUGAUGAUCUUCGCGCAUGGAGUGGAGGAGAUCCUAUAGUCUUACCUGUCUGAGGGGAGGUGCGUUGCCAGUUUGGGGGAGGAGUAGAAGACUAGGGGAGGGGUGUUUUGUGACUGAAUCGAUAUCCCCCCUGUAAAGAAAAAGGGGAGAGAAAAACCCAACAACUUAUUCAUCCACUCGGAUCCAAUGUGACAGACCUGGCAGUCAUUACCUCAUAUUUAAGGGAAUUCUACCAACAGCGGAAGGAAAUUCGUAGUAUGAAGGAAGACAACCUAUGGCUGUCCUAUUCUUGUUGCCUUAAAAGGGCAUUUUUACAAAAGGUGGACCCUGAAGAAAAAGAAGAACCAACCAUGAUGCUUAAUCAUUAUAUUAUACUGGGGUGUAUCAUUGAUACUGACAAACUGAAGAACCGUCUUUUUACCCAUUUUGCCGUUCAAAGACUGAUGAGAAACAUAUUCUCACACAAUCUAUCUGUAAUGUAAAUUGUCUAAAUGAUGUAAUUUGUAAAUAUGGAAGAUAAAGAAAUAUAAACAUAUAUGCUAUCUAUUCUGGGUAUGAUAGAAUAGUUAACCUUUCUUGCUGUCCCAGCUCUGUUGAUUUGAGUCUUGCGCUUUCACCUGCUCUCAAUAUCGCCUUUCCCCUGACACCCCGUGUGGGACCACUGCACCAGCACAGCCUGCAGAAUAACUGCAUGUUCACCAUGUGUAAGGGGAGGAUUGGCAGCACCCGCGCUGGUGGGCUGUGCGUUAUUCUGCAGCUCUGAUUCCUUUCCAGCAGCUCAUGACUGAGGCUUUAAGGCAGUGCUGACUGACCAGGCUGUAUAAACAGAUCUGUUGUCUGCCUGUUCUCUACAGGAAAAAACCUUGCCAGAGUACGUGUCCUAUAUUUUGAUUGUGGUCAAAUGCAGAGCCUUGUGGUGGUGGUGGUUGUGGGGCUGUAGCAACUGCAUUUUGACUCUUCUCAGCCACAUCUCGCUCUUCUUGAUUAGUGUUCUAGGCUUACGUGGAGAUGAGUGGCUCCUAAGAUUCCGGUCGGAUCAGACUGAAUUCCUGUUGGGGUGCACAGAAGGUCACUGAAGCCUCCGAGGCCCCUGACCUCUCGUUCUUACUCGAAGGUGUUUGAUAAAGACGAUUUUGAAAAUAUAUAUGAACUGUAGAGGAUGCAGCAAUGGAGAAGAACAAGUAUAGAUCAGACAAAAAAAGUGAUCUGACCUUAACCAGUCUGAAAAUUUGAACAUUUCACUAUAUGAAUAAAUUUCUGCAGGAUGUCCAAUCUUAGUCUGUGCAGGGACAUUUGACAUGCUUCACCUCAAUACCACUUGAAGUGUUUUUGUUUGUUUGUUUUUUUGGGGGGGUGACUUGUUUUUAUUUUGUGCAGUUGAUUCUGCUGUUCAGGAAUAGUGAUGAAUUUGAAAAUUUGCCUAUUUUUGUCUUGAUAUUUUUGUUGUACAUACUUGGUUUUAGAGAGGGUCUGACGUGACUUGUGUUGCCAUUGUCUUUUCUCAAGCAACCAAAGUGAUAUUGUGAUUUAUUAUGAUGAUUUCUGCAAAAAAAAAAAAAAAUCAUAGUACCAUGAACUUUCAUGUCCAAAUAAUGUAUGCGGUCUCCUUCAUUCUUGUUUAGUCUUGAAUGCUCUGCGUGUCAUUUACUGUAACUACACAGACGUUCCCAAGUACCAGCUGAGUACCUUAAUGGGCAGAGAAUAUGACUAGCAAUAUCCAGCAUGAGCAGUCGUUGAUAUGGGGAGAAACAUUGCUGCAUUAUCGCAGACUUUGCCUUAAGAACUGCGUACCUGUGCAACCACACUAUGUUUUUUUGGUUUUUUACAUUUGUUUUUCUUUUGUUUGUUUGUUUUGUUUUUAUGUUGUCCCAUUACCCCCUAAACCUGGUUAUCCUGCUAAUCAUGCCGUAGCUUGCAUACCUACUAGCCUGCAGCUCGAGCUCCUCUGCUGGGUCUCUUGUGAGCUGAGUGAAGUGUGUGAAAGUACCAUUCUGGUACAUCCACUUUGCCUGAUUUAAUAGAGCAUAAUGCCUGUACUUCCUCGUGAACGUGCAGGCAUUGACGCCCACUGCACUUUGGUUCUUUUUUUUUCUUUCUUUUUUUUCUUUUUGUUCUUCUGUUUUUUUGUUCUUCUAUUCUCCCUUAAGAGGCACUGAUGCAUUCUGCCACAGCAGACCCAGGACUUGCAAGACCACAUAAACCCUGCAGGUCUAAUCUUGCGACAUUCUUGUCAUGUUAAGAGUGAACUAUUUAAGAGUCAGUGACUUCUUGCGAUGUCUUCUGUGGACGUGAUGCUUUUUCCUCCCUUGCUCAUUGUCUUUAUUCUGGCUUUUGUGCUGUGGGAUAUUUAAUAAACAGAAAUGUUUAUUUCACAACA